CCGGUGACGUGGCCAGCGCAAUUCAACAGACCGGGGUGGUUUGAACUUAAUUUGGAUCCCGUAACUUUACAUUACGAUGUCCGGGAAAAUCAAAAGCAGGAGUGCUGCAAAUGCCGAAUCAAUAGCGAGCACUGUGUCCUGCGACGAGCGUAUCUUACGGGACUGCCAUCAGAUUUAUACCGAUCCGGAUAGCGGACUGAUUGCGAUAGCCCAGUCUGUUGGGGUGACCCUGCUGCCUCCCCGGAAAAAGAUAACUGUGAUGUUGAUGGGGAAUCAUUCGGCUGGAAAAAGCACCUUUAUCAACUGGUAUGUGGAGGAGCAUAUCCAAAGGACAGGGGUUGCUAUAGAGACACAGGGUUUCAGCUUUGUUACAAGCGGGCGAAAGAGAGAAUCGCUCACGGGAAAUGCUACACUCCACCUGUAUCCCCACUUCAAACCACUACAGGACUUUAAAGGACUGUCGGAAUACCUUAGCACUGAGAUUUGUACUUCACGCCAGAAACGUUUCAGUUUGGUGACUUUUGUGGACAGUCCUGGACUUGUGGAUGGAGAUAUGAAGUAUCCCUUCGAUGUGGACCAAGCUAUCCUGUGGCUUGGUGAGCUGUGUGACCUGAUCCUGGUCUUUUUUGACCCGAUGGGACAGGCUUUAUGCAAGCGCACACUCAACAUUGUGGAGAAACUGAAUGAUGAGCAAGGAGAUCGCCUUCGUUUCUAUCUCAGCAAAGCAGAUGAGGCUGGAGGAGAAUCUGACCGACAGAGAGUUAUGAUGCAGAUUGUGCAGGAACUUUGCAAGCGUCCUGGACUCAACAAGUGUGGCUUUGACAUGCCCACCAUCUACGUUCCCAACCCAAAUAAGCCCAGCCGAUGUGUCAAUCAGAUUGAAGAGGUGUGCCGGACCAUAGAGAAGACCAUUAACCAGACUGUACAGAACACCCUAAACUCACUGGAGAAGGAUUGUAACAUCAUCACCGAGGCCAUUGCUGACACACUUCAUAAUGACAGGCAGUGCAGCAUAGAGAACCGUCGUGCACGCUUUAAGGGAUGUGUGCUAGGGAUGCUGGGUUUCACCGUGCCCCUGCUGCUGCUCGCUGCACUGAUGCUUGGCAGCCUCUCCAGAGAAGUACUGGAGCUCAUGCUUGGUGAUAAUGGCACAGAGGCACUCUCCCUUUAUGUGGCUCCUGCAGUGAAGGUGUUUGAGUCUCUGACUGUAGAAGUGCAGCUGUACAGUUGUGUUGGACUGGUGCUGUUGUCCUUCAUCCUCCUCCUCCUCGCUCGCUUCUCUUUCAGGACUAAACCCACACUGUCUGGAAAACAAAAGAGACAAGUUCAAGAAAAACUGGAUUAUGUUCAGGAGGUGGUCAAGACCAAAAAGAAAAAACUCUAUGAGGAGUACCUGCGUCAGAGUGUGGGUGAUCAGGACAUGAACUGAGAGAAAAACAAAGACUUCAAAGAUGUGAAUAGGAAGAACAAUACAGUACACACCUGAGCUAUUUCAUGGGCACUUUAGUUACACGCUCCUGCAAGCUCUUAGAAGUCUUCCCACGUUUAGCACUAAUUAAUGAUGGAACUGUGGACCAAUACUGUUUUUGUGUAUUAUCAUUGCAAUAUAACAUUUGUACUGUAAAGAUAAAUUGAAGAGCCACAUUAUGUGACUGGACCUUAUACUCUGCAUUGGGCUCUUGUUGGGCAUUAGCCAUUUUUAAUGUCAUUCUCUCUCUGCUUUGUACCCUUUUAAUAUUCAAUGAAUGAGGAGCCCUUCAUAUAGAAUAAGAUGUUGUAACAAAUCCUGGAGCUCUGUUUAAUUACAUCUUGGUCAAUUUUAAUAGAAAUAUCAAAGCUGUAUUUUGCAUACCACGGUUUCCUACAUUGUUACAUCAACUGU